AUGGGAAGGCAGAGUGACCCGGCUGUUCAUUCAUCCAUUGCCCUCCUGCGAGAGAGGUUCAGACAGUUGCAGAGAGCCAAGGAAAUGAGGCAGGAGAGAGAGGUCUUGCGGCUGCUCUCUGAAGCAGAGCGGAUCAAUCCAGCCAUACCUCAUGAGGCAUCCCAGUUGUUUUUCCAUUCUGAAUUGAUCCUUCAGCCUAGACCGCCUCUCCAAGGAUCUCUCAGCAGUGAACCUAGCAUGCGUAACAUGCAUACUCAGCGUCAGGUUAUUGAGACUCCAAGUUUGUCAAAUUUACGGCCGAGAGAUACUGUCAUGCAUACAUCUACCUUGAAUGAUUCAGAUGUUGACACUACACUUCAUCUCUGUAAGAAAUUGGGAAAGGGAAAAGGGGGUUGUUCAGGGGAAAUGAGAGAAAACAAAUAG